AACUAGAGAUCGAGCUCACAAUACAAACAGGACGUCCAGUAGGCCUAUACGUUGUAAUGCGUAAUAGGUUUUAUAACUUACUUUGACAGGCAACAAACGAAGGCGAUGCAGAAAAAAAUGUGACAAUGGAGCCAAAAACAACUGGUGUUAAUGGAAUCGUUAAUGAUGAAAAUAAUAAGUGGUCGUUAGAAAACUACCCGUUUAUAAUAGCAGUGAUUGUGGCAUUGGGAGCGUUGGUUGUUUUAGCGUUCUUUGUUUGGAUGAAAUGUAGAAGAAAGGAUGUUUUUAACGUUAGACGUGCAACCAUGCAAAUGGGACCAGAGAUUGGUGAAGUAAAUGGUCAACCAAGAACAAAUAGAACUCCUGGUUCCGGCUCAAGAACUUCUCACCAGAUCAAGCGAUCAGAUGAUGCCUUUUGGGAGUUUCCUAAAGGCAAAAUUGUGAUUCUUAAAAUUUUGGGUGAAGGCACUUUUGCCACUGUAAACAAAGCGAAGAUUUUACCUUUGCACGCCAUGAAUCAAAUCAAUUGUGGGAUUGUUGCUGUGAAGACUCUCAAAGAGAACACAGACGAGAAGGAUCGUACAAAUUUUCUAAAUGAACUAAACGUGAUGAAGAAGCUAGAGCCACAUCCAUACGUCGUACAACUUCUGGGCUGCUGCACUUCCACUGAACCGUAUUUGUUAAUACUGGAGUACUUGGUUGGUGGAGAUCUUCUGGGUUAUCUCAGAAAAUCCCGUGGAUAUAAAGAUCCUUAUAAUACUGGAGAGUAUGUUCCAACAUCAAGGCUGACAGAGAAUGAUCUAUUGUCUUUUGCAUGGAUGGUUGCUGAUGGAAUGACUUUUCUCGCCCAAAAUGAGAUAAUCCAUCGUGAUUUGGCAGCGAGGAAUGUUCUUGUUGGAGCGCACAAUGUCUGCAAAGUGUCAGAUUUUGGUUUGGCAAGGGAGGGGUCUUACGACAGAGAAUCAAAGGCACGUCUUCCUGUUAAAUGGAUGGCUCCUGAAGAUAUAUUUGCAGGAAAAUGUACCACCAUGAGCGACGUGUGGUCCUACGGAAUUUUGCUAAUGGAAAUUUUUACCAUAGGUGAUUCUCCAUACCCGGGAUAUAAAGGGAAAGAUGUUCCAGACUUAGUUGAAAGUGGCUACAGAAUGCCGAGGCCCAAGCAUUUGUCGGUUGAGAUUUAUUCCGUCAUGGAAGAAUGUUGGAUAAUCGAACCGCGAAAAAGACCACGAUUUUCAGACAUGGCAUCGUUCUUCAAAGAAAUGUUGGUAGAGGGUUCGAAGGAUUACCUUGACUUGAAUGUAUUUGAAGACCAUCUUUACGAAAAUUUCGAUGAAAUUAAGCUGCAAAGAUCAAGCAUAAGUUGAUGUAUCUGGUAGUUUCGGUCGUAUAUAGGUAAUCAUUCCCUGCGAAUACAAUUCAGACCUGCAUGUAUAUAUUAUUUUGUACUUCUAGCAGUAUUUUCGUUUAACUGUCUGGCCUUUUUUAAUUCAAUUCCUCAAGGACCAAUUUUUGUAUGCCAAUUUCAUUUCCGCCAUUUUGUGUUGGCAA